AUGAGCAAACGGGACGAAGCAGCCGACGAGCCGUCAGGAUCCCAGCGGCAGCCAGAUCCAACAGAGGCGCCGAAGCGCGGUCCCGGAAGACCACGUAAACUGCAACAGGAACUCAUCGGGGAGUCAGUGCCUAAACGAGCGCGUGGGCGACCAAAAGGCAGCAAAAACAAGCGCCCCUCAAACCUGCAGAAGAAAGUAUUGCCCUCUGGUGAGAAAAGACCCAGAGGCAGACCUAGAAAAUGGCCACAGCAAGAGAUCCACAAGAAGCCUGCUCAGGUGAAAGAGGAAGAGAAGGAGGAGAAGGAGGAGGAGGACUGAAGAACCAGGACAUUUUUCGGAGAGCCAUCGCUACCUCAAUCAGCUGGCC